AUGACUUAUCUGGCACGAAGUAAAGCGGUUGGUAGAGUAGAUACAGAUUUAUUAUCUCAACGUAAAAAAGAAGUGAAUUACUGGAGAAAUGUACUUGAACGAAUUGUAGCUGUUAUCAAAUUUUUGGCGUCGAGAGGACUUCCAUUUCGCGGUGACAAUGAAAUCGUAGGAUCUCCCAAUAAUGGAAAUUAUUUGGGAUGUAUGGAAUUAUUAAGUGAAUUUGAUCCAUUACUUGCAAAUCACUUAAAAACAUUUGGUAAUCCAGGAAAAGGAAAUAUUUCUUAUUUAUCUGCAAAUAUCUGUAACGAGUUUAUUAAUGUAAUGGGAAAACAGGUUCUAAAAGAAAUUGUAAAUGAAGUUAAAUUAGCAAAAUAUUUUUCCAUUAGCGUUGACAGUACGCCCGAUCUAUCUCAUGUUGACCAGUUAACUUUUAUAAUUCGUUACGUAAAAAAUUGUGUCCCCGUUGAAAGAUUUCUGAAAUUUAUACCCAUCAAAGAGCAUAAAUCUGAGUAUUUGGCGGAAAUAAUAUUAAGUUUUUUAGAUAGUCAUGGUAUUCCCAUCAAAGAUUGUAGAGGCCAAAGCUACGACAAUGCGUCAAAUAUGUCGGGGAAGUAUUCAGGUUUACAAGCAAGAAUCAAGGAUAAAUGUGAAUUUGCAACCUUUGUACCAUGUGUGGGACAUUCACUAAACUUGAAACUUUAUAAUUUUUUUUCGGGCUCUACGUAUCGAUGGAAUAAAUUAAUAGAACAUUUAGAUUCAAAAAAAGUUGUGAAAAGUCUUUCACAAACAAGAUGGUCUGCGAGGGCUGAUGCAGUAAGCGCCCUGCAUAACGGCCAUAAACAAAUUAUUGAAGCUUUGAUGUCUAUCACAAAGGAUUCUGAACAGCCACGAGAAACAAGAGACGAAGCCUUUAGUGUAUCCAGAAAAAUUAUAAACCUAGAAUUUAUGAUACUAACCGAAAUUUGGAGUUGCAUAUUGGAAAGAAUAGACAAAACAAGCAAUAAUCUUCAGAAAAAAACAAUAACACUAGACAUUGCAACUAAUUUGUUAACUUCACUUGAUGAUUUUAUUAAUAACCUCAGAGAUAAAUUUGAUGACUUCGAAUCGUCCGCCAAAGAAAAAAAUCCGGAAUCUGAUUACAAGGAUCUAUCUCAAAGAAAAAGAGUUAAAAGCUCACGCCAGAGUUUUUUUGAUGGCUCUGGAUCAUCUGUUCAACUGUAUGGAAAAGAUAAAUUUAAAGUAGAAACUUUUUUUCCAAUAAUUGAUACCCUGAGUGUGCAUCUAAAACAGCGGUUAAGUUUGUACAAGGAUAUUAAUCAGCGGUUUGGUUUGUUUUUCAGCUUGAAAACUCUGAGUUCUACAGCGUUGAGACAAUGUUGCAAAGAAUUCGCAAAAAUCUAUUACGAAGAUGUUAAUGAGGCAGAGUUGGAAAUGGAAUGUUUACAUUUAAAAGAAUACUUGGAGCAUGUUAGUGAAAAUGAAGAAACUGAUAAUAUAUUAGAAAUUGCAUUGAGAAUAUUUUUAAGCAUGAUGGUAACUAACUGCAGUGGAGAACGCUCUUUUUCCAAAUUGAAGCGAAUUAAAAAUGAAUUAAGAAGUACAAUGCUACAAGAAAGAUUGAACAGUUUGUCGUUGAUGUCAAUAGAAUGUGAUAUGUUCAAAAACAUAGACUUCAAAGAAGUAAUUGACGAUUUUGCCAAUCUUAAAUCUAGAAAGCAAAAAUUAAAAACUCAACUCAGGGGUAGAUUGUGGAGACAUUUCGACCCGACUACCCGAGACAAUAUGAAAGUACUGAAAGUUACAAAUACAUAA